AUGAAAUACAAACUGACGGACGAAACAAAAGAGAUUUUAGGAAGAACACUCCACCGCAUCGUAUGCGUGACCGCAUUCGGCAAUAUUGCGGCAUACAAGGAUAGUGAAUUGAGUGGAGACUGCUACAAGGCAGCGGUUGAGUUCGUAGAGAAAAUCAAGGAAGCCAAGAAGAAGGCAAAAGCAACCGAGGAGAAUGCGAGAAAAGAUGUUGUUCUGCUAGAGGACUACGAAAAACUGCGUGAAGAGAACGAACGGCUGAAGAGUGAAAACGCAAAGCUGAAAUGCUGGGCACAAGGACAUCGAAUUCAAGGAAAUCAACCCCUAAAGAAGGAAACUACCAUGAAACUUACCGUGUUUUUCAAAUCCCAGGCAACGCGAAACCUCGCCCUUAAGGCUGUCAAGGAAGUCUUUGGCGAGGACGGAUGGCGAUACAUGACGCCGGUUGAAAACAAGGGAUACCCCGCCGACAUCUACUGCUGCGCCGCCUCCGACGCGGUUGAAACCUGGGCUCAGCUCUUUAUGGCUUUCGCCACCAAGUACGACGAAAUCCUGGACAGCUCCGAAAUCAUCGCAGAGUACACCAAGGAAUAA